AUGAAUACGAACAACAACAACAACAACAUUGAUUCUUAUUCUUUCAUGACCGAGGAUCAGAUUAAGUGCUACGAACUCCUCCAAUCCGCGCGCAUGAAAGACUUCAUCGACGUUUCUUUCGUUCGCAUUUGCCACCGAACGGUCGCGAAUGCGUUUCCGGAUGUAAUGGCAGAGUGCGGUAGUUUUCGUAAUACUAAGAGCGAUAAAAGUAUGAACGAUACGGACAGAUUGAACGAUAUAUUCCGCCUGUGCGUACGAAUUGGAUUAGCGAACGUGAUCGUACAUUUUAUCGAUGAGAUUUCGAACGACGCGAAUUGCGUCUCAGCGGACGCCGUGGAAGCGAGGUUGAGGGACGGGGAGAAUGUCUUUCAAUGUAUGAAGGGUUUAAUGGAAGAAGAGAAACAGGAGAUGAGUAAAACGUUGAAGAGCAAAGAUGGUGGAGGAGAUGGUGAUAUAUCGUCGUCGUUGGCGAGGUCGAUGGCGACGUUUCAAUGCGCGCGGAGGGCGUUCGAGACGCUCGGCGCCGAGGACGGCGGGAGGAGAAGGAACAACAACAAUAAUAAUAAUAGCAAGAGUGGUGAAAUGAUUGAAAAGUUGAACGAAUUGCGCGACGAGUCUAUCAAUUUAGCGAACAAAGCGGAAGCGGCGAUGUGGGCGGUCGAGGAAGGGUUUUUGAAAAGAGGGCAUCUAGGGAACAAGUUUUCCGGCGCCGCGAAGUGGUCCAACGAAGUAAAAGAGAGGCGAACGAACGCGAAGAGUGCGUUCGGGUUUGAUAACGGUAACGACGACGACGAUAGUGAUGAGUGUUGUUUGUUCGUGGACGUUUUGUUACGAUAUUUGAAAGAGAAGAGCGGGAAUGCGGAUGUCGCGUCUUACCCGUUCAAAUCCGUACCGGACGCGUUGAAUGCCAUUUGGGGCGGCAGCGACGGCGACGGUAGUAAUAAUAGAGGAGAAGGAGGAGGAGGAACAGAAGAUGAAGAGGUUUCUCAAAUCGUAAAGAAAUCUUUGUUUCUGUAUUACGUCCUCGACGCGGGAUUGCCGUGGAAAGACGCUCCAGCUCGGUACGCUCGCAACGCUCGAAUCGGUUCCAAGACGUACUCUGAAAUCCGAUUGGCAUCUUUACUCGACGAGUCUUGGACGUUCGCGAACGAUCCGUUAAAAGAUAUCAUCACGAAUGAAGCCUUGCCGAACUGCGCGACGUUAUCUGGGCGCUUCUUACCGCUACAAUUUGUUAAAGUCGUGCACUUACGAGGGGAAACCGCGGCGGCUUUGCGAACGCUGCGAGCGAGAGAUCGAAACGAUUUCACGUUUGAAAGCGUCGAGAAGGCGACGUUGGAGGUAGAAGUACGAAUUGAAUUGGGAUUAGUCGCGGAGGCAUUUUUAUGCGCGAAAGAGCAGUUGAGUUUAGCCGUGAGAUCAGGAGAAGAAGAGUCGAUUGUCGUAGAACAAUUGGCGAACAUCUUGACCAUGAAAAUUGCAGAGUACUGCGCGGACGUUCGACAACUCGAUCAAAUCAUCUCCUUGCCGUUGCAAAACACGGCACUGAAUGGUUGCAUGGAACGCGCGUUUUUAUCCUGGCUUUGGGAGAACAAAAUACGCGAAGAUGUGAGCGCAGAGCACACGAUUCUUUACUUUUUACAGCGAGGUCGCGCGACGGAAGCGGUGGAAGCGUACGCGAGGAUUCUCGAUUUAGAAAAACGAGGCGGCGCGAUCGCUUGGGGCAAAGCGAAAAAAGAAACGAUUGAAAUGUUAGAAGAGCGAGUUAGAGAUUUACCGGUAGUUGUGCAACAAAUGUCGACGGAUAAUUUAGGCACCGGGUCGGUGAAAGGCGGAGAAAAGUUAGGCCGCGAGAUGGAGAGAAUGAAAACGGAGGAUAAAUUAAAUGCGGACGUGACGGUAUUAGAAGCUGUUUCUGCGGUGGCAGAAUCGUCGACUCCAGAUUUUGUAUUGAGAGCAGCUGGAAACUCCGAGGUGCAACCGAGUCCGUUCUUGAGACCGUUGACGACUUCGCCGGCAUCUGGAGACGAGUUUCCUCGCGACGCUUUGCGCGCGUCGCAAACGCACCGAUUAGCGCGAUCGCCUUUCGAUAUUGCCGCCGCGGGUCAUCGACAAAGUAGAAGAACUGUCGCACGAGCGGAAGAAGACGCGAAUGCGAUGCAAGUGUCGGACGUGGGCGCAAACAACGUUUCUUUCGCGCGACGACCGAAAUUGUUCGUCCGAUCGGAAACUGCGAUACUCCCUCCUCCAACGAAGAAAGCAGAUUUGCCGCCGUUGCCGAGUCUGUCGCCGCUCACCGCGAAUAAUAAUAAUAAUAAUAACGCUAAUGGUGCCGCAGGAGUGAGCAUCGUGGCGCCGUCGCCAACCAGAGCGUCGCCUCGAACGCGAUUGUCUAAAGGUACGCGUAGAACUUAG